AUGGCUUACCAACAUCAAGGACAACAAGCAAGAAAACCCAUUGACCGAAAUUUCUUAUGGCAAAUAUUUCAAAAGGUUGAUAAAGAUCGAAGCAAUGCUAUCACCGCUGAUGAAUUACAACAAGCUCUUUCCAACGGCUCAUGGACACCUUUUAAUCCGGAGACUGUUCGUUUAAUGAUUGGGAUGUUUGAUCGUAAUUAUUCUGGUACAAUUAGUUUCGAAGAAUUCGGUUCAUUGUGGCAGUAUGUCAACGAUUGGCAAGAAACAUUCCGUAGUUAUGAUCGUGAUGGCUCCGGAGCUAUCGAUAAAAAUGAAUUGAAAGCUGCUUUGACGAGUUUCGGUUAUCGCCUUUCCGAUCCAUUCUAUAAUAUUUUAAUUAAAAAGUUUGAUCGCUCAGGCCAUGGUCAAAUUAGAUUUGACGAUUUUAUUCAAUGUUGUGUCGUUAUUCAGACUUUAACUGCAGCUUUCCGAAAUCAGGAUACUGAUCAAGAUGGUUGGAUUACAAUGACCUACGAACAAUUUUUAACAUUAGUUUUUAGUCUAAGAGCCUAA